UUUUCCACUUUCUUAUGAGCAAAGUAAUUUGCAGACGGUCCCUAACGCCACCUUCUCCGCUGUAGUUGAACUCCUAUUUGUUGUAAUUUAACUGAAUUAAAACGUUAAUCUUAAAUUCUUGAGCCUAACGAGCGGUUUAAAGUAUUUCAGUUAGAGAUUAAAGCAGCGGUUGGUGGUCGCUGAUCAGCGGCUGUGUCCGCGGAGCGUUUCCGGGUUUCCGUCACCUGCUCCAGCCUCCAUCCUCCUGCAAGGCGGCCUCAAGCAGCUCCGGAGGCCCGGGAAGCGAACGGAACCAGCGCCGAUCAGCAGCCCCGGUUCACGCCCGCUCGCUGACAGCCGGAACCAGAGGCAGGGCGGCGGGCAGCAGCGAUGGCGGCGUCGCUUCUCUCGGAGACCGACAUCAGGCACCGGUCCAUGGCGGAGGAGGAUCCGAACGGGAACGAGCAUGGAGCGGCUGCACGCAGCGCGGCGCCCCGCUGGGGGCCGCAGCACGCCGGCGCCCGGCAGCUGGCCCGGCUCUACUCCCCAGGUAAACGAGUCCAGGAGUGGGUUUGUGUGAUUCUGUGCCUCUUCCUCUUCAUCAUCAACUUCUCCUUCCUCCUCCUGCACUUCUCCACCGUUCACAUCUACAAGAUCAUCCUUGGCAUUGUUUUGGGAAUCGUGACAGCAGAUUUUGCCUCGGGGAUUGUUCAUUGGGGAGCUGAUACCUGGGGAUCUGUGGAUAUUCCUGUUAUUGGGAAGGCUUUCAUCCGACCAUUCAGGGAGCACCACAUCGACCCAACCGCCAUCACUCGGCACGACUUCAUCGAAACCAACGGCGACAACUGCAUGAUCCCCAUCCUGCCACUUGCUCACAUGGCCUACAAGUUCCUCACAUACACACCAGAGGCCUUGGCGGCGUCUUACCCCUGGGAUUGCUACGUUUUCGCCUUGGCGGGAUUUGUGACGCUGACCAAUCAGAUCCACAAGUGGAGCCACUCCUACUUCGGCCUCCCACGCUGGGUGACUCUGCUGCAGGACUGGCACCUGGUGCUGCCACGGAAACACCACCGCAUCCACCAUGUUUCACCGCACGAGACGUACUACUGCAUCACCACAGGUUGGUGCAACUAUCCGCUGGACCGGCUGGGCUUUUGGAGGCGGAUGGAGCGGCUGAUCGAACACGUGACGGGCCAGAGGCCCCGAUCAGACGACAUGGCGUGGGCCAAGAAGACCGACUGACAAAUAAACCCAGUGAAACCAACAAUGAGAGGGAGUUGGGCGUGCGAAUGCAAACCUGCAGAUGUAGAAAUGACGGAUGGAGGGUUAGACACCGACGCAAACAUUCUUCUGCUGUCUCUGCGCUUCUUGCUUUUUUCCCGCUUCAGAACAAACGAUGUGUGCAAAGAAAGAGGAAAAAAGUUGAGGUUGGAGGAAGAGCCUCCUGGAUGUCCUGCGUCCGUCGGCCUCUUUGAUCCCUGAGGUCUGCGUUUAGUCCUGGUUCAGGUUUCUGGAGGUUGGGCUCUCCAGAAGAGGCACUGAGCUGUUUGUGAAGCGACGCGUCAGGAAGGGAAACGCUCAGUUGGUGUCUCUGUUUUCUGUUUUGUUCUUGAUUUAUUGGGAUAACCUUUUGACGGACACCAAGAACCAAGCGGGUAAAACGGCCAAAUAUGCGACAGGAGGGCAAAAAAACAGAUAUAUGCUGAGUUGAACUCGUGAUCUUCUCUUUUUAACACACCUGCAUGUAGAAACAAGGGCACCUAAAAUAAGCUUAAUAACUAACUUAUGGUUAUUAAUUGAGCAGGUGUUGGUUAGAUCAGAUCAGGCUCUUAUGGCUCAUUUAAACUUUCUUAUCUGCCAUAUAAUAAGAUUUGAGAUGAAUCCACGCUUUUCUGGAAACAAACCAGGUUUAGGAUCCUGAACUGCAGUCAACAUUAGACACCAGCCCAAAAUAAAAGGCAAAAAAAGAAAAAACGAGGCUACUGAUGAGUAUAAAUUAAAACAAUAAGGUCCUAAUGUUGGUCUACCAAACCAAUUAACUGCUACAAACUGACAAACCAACCAAUUUAACCCAAAUUAACAGAUCGAUCCACCAAAAUGACCGAAAACAUAUUAUCACCAGGUUGGUUCAAUAAUCAAGGAAAACUGCAACUUUUUUUAAUGUGAAUCUUAAAUUUUGUUGCAUUUAUUUAUUAUGACUGCUGUAAACUAUCAGUCAGCUGUGUAUUGUCACCAGUGGUGGUUAAUCCAACAGAUUAACCAAAAAAAGAAGCCCAGAGGACGGAGGGAGCUCUUCUAAGGAACUGCUGUUUGCCACAACAUUUAUCAAGUCCACGUCUAAAUGAUCUAGUUUGUGCUGUGGUCUUGUUGAGGCCUCCAGUCUGAAUCUCAAAGCGCUGCUUCUCUGCAGGGGAUCAGGUUUGGUUGCAGUAGAUCUUACAGCCAGUUACAGACAAACCGUCUUGAUCAGAAUGACUUUCCUGACGGAAACAGAAACAAACCGAGGUCCCAGUGUUGCAGGUGCAUGUAAUGUAAGUGUAGCUCACUAGGUGGCGCUCCUGUCCAACAGGGCAACGUAUUUUCACGUUUAUCUGUGAUCUGACGUUAAGCAUUUCACUUACUGACAGAUUUUAGAGCUUAAAAAGGGUGAGUUUAAACAAACCUUUUCACAAAAUACACCAAAACGUGUGUGAUGUUCUUUCAUUAACUGUCUGUAGUGAUACUUUGUGCAUUUUCCACCCAAAAUAAUAAAACAGGUGAAAAAGUUUUCAACUGAAAAUAACGGGAUUUCGUUGAAAUGAGAGAGAAGGCCAUCUGCUUUCUGGAGCCGAAUCAACAGUGCUGAUAACACAAGUAACACAGGAACAUCUUGAUUUAAACUCCUUCCAUAGCUACAGUUUCCAGGCCUCAUUUACAGUUUAAACAAUCAAAGGCAGGUAUUUUUGUUUUUGUCUAUUUUCACCCACUGCUGGAGAACUCACAUUUCAUUCCAGCUCUAAAUGAAUCUUUCCAAACUGGAAUAAGGUCUCUUUAACUGGUCGUUUCUCCUUCA